GAGAAAGAAAAAGAUGGAAAUCCCAAGAAGAGACAGAGCUGCAGAGAAAAAGACAAAAAGAAAAGAAACAGAAGCGAGGAGACAAACACUGGGGGACAGGCCUAAUUUAGACCUGGCUCGUCUAGAAGAACAAAGAUGCAAAUAGAGACACACAGAUGCAAAUAGAGACAAAAGCAGUUAACACACAGAGGGACCCAGACACCCCUGUAGAUGUUGAGCCCCUGAACCGCCAUACCCUUGGCCCCUGUGUCCUCCAGGUGGCGCCCAAGAGCCACACACCAUGUCACAGCCAGCCCUGCUCAGCCCCUUUUGAAGCCCAAGUCCAACACAGCCUGACCAGGAGGCCCUGGGAUGAGGGACGGAGGUGGAAGCUGGAGCAGAGGGAGCCUCCCUAACCUGACAUCCCAGGCCAAAGCCCCCGGCUGUGUGUUCAUGUCUCGUGUUCAUAUCUGUGCUUAUUUUGGGCUGAGUUUGCUUUGGUCUGUGUGUGCCAGUUUUGAAGUGUGUGUGUCUCAGAGUAUAUGUUUACAUGUGUCCUUAUGUGUGUCUGGAGAGGAGGAAUGACUCUGCAUGUGUAUUCAUACCCACAAGAACCUGCCACUACCUUCUCUAUUCACCUUCCCUGGAAGCUAUGCGUUGAGUCACCCCAGGAAUCCGAGAACUGAAGCAUUUAUAGAGCACCUACAGAUGCCCAGUCUGUCAUGGGGUCCCCAAGAAAAUAUUCCCUAGGGAGACAGGAACAGGAGUUCACGGAGCUGACUGAGCAAGAUUUAGGUUCUACUAAACCUAAGUACCUGCUGUGAGCCAGGCCCUAGCUUGGGGGGCUAACUUUCAUGCUGUCGACUCAGUUUUCUUAUCUGUAAAAUGGACCUGAUAUUAGCAUCUACCUCAUAGUUUUGCUGUUCAGUGAUUGAGCUGAGUUUUGAAAAGCUUUUUGAACCGUGCCUGGUACAGCCUAAGGCUCAGUAUGUGUCAGAAAUCAUCUCAUUUAACCCUUAUAGCUACAAGCACAUCCAUUAACCCAUGGGUCAGUGGGAGCCCCUGAGAAUUCUCCACUCACUGCUCAGAUUAUGAGGGUUGCUUUAAAGACCUAAUGAGACGGAUUCUCAGAUAUCUGCACAAAACUACCCUCUUGGCCUAGCUCCGUGGUUCCAAAGGCAGUGUACAGCGGAAUGAGUAGAUGGGAUUGUGCUGGCUGUACACAUUAGAACUACGUGCUGUUCCAGGCAUCAGGGACUCAGCAGUGAACAAAACAGACAAAAAAAAUCUCUGCCUCAGGAGCUUGUGCUCUAGUGGGAAAAAAACAUAAUAAAUGAAGUUGAUUUGUCAUUCGACAAAGGUGAGUCAUUAUAGUUAAUUAUUAUCCAUCAAAGGCUUCCAACACAAUUUGCUGUUCUACCUUCCAAAAAGAUGGUACCUAUUCCAGCAACAGAGGUUUUGUUUGCAGCUAUGGCGCUUCCAGUAGGCACUUUUAACAUCUGUGCAUAAAUGGAGGGUUGUCUGCAGGUGGGGGCAAGGGGCCCUCGGUCCGCCCUCCCUGCACGCCCCGCCCUCGCUGGGCCUCCCUCAAGCACACUGGGCGUGGCAGGGCGGGGCGCCGCGGGGGCGGGCGGCUAGGCCUGUCGGGCGGGUGCUCAGGGCACUAGUGGCCUGGCCGGGUGUGGAGCUCCCGGCGGGCGCCAUGGAGGGGCUGCGGCGGGGCCUGUCGCGCUGGAAGCGCUACCACAUCAAGGUGCAUCUGGCGGAUGAAGCGCUACUGCUGCCGCUCACGGUGCGGCCGCGUGACACGCUCAGCGACUUGCGCGCCCAGCUGGUGGGCCAGGGUGUGAGCUCCUGGAAGCGUACCUUCUACUACAACGCGCGGAGACUGGACGACCACCAGACGGUGCGCGACGUGUGCCUACAGGACGGCUCCGUGCUGCUGCUCGUCAGUGACUCCAGGUAGUCUGGGUUGGAGGAGGUGGAGCCGUGACUGAGGAGACCGAAGAUGCUGGCUAAAGGAGCAGGCUGGGGCAGGAGACCUUUGGGAGGCUCUGGGUGGACAGUGAAACACUGGCCUGACCAGCUGAUGCCUCAGACACUCCUGACGGAGCCCUGCUCCCUGAAACUGAACUAGGACAUUGCCUCUCCAGCCAGUCAGGCUGUGCCGUGUGACCUGAGACCAGGGCUCCGCCUGGGGACCUUGAGUGCCCAGUCUGCAGCGGGAACCACCGUGCCACCUCGGAGGCUCCCACGCUCAGCCAGGGGGUAUCCUACGAAGAGGAGCCCAGAGAGGGCAGAGGAGCUUGGGCGGCGCCUCUCCUGCCUUGCCUGCUCUCCAGCCACACCUUUGCCCAAGCUGUGCCCCCUGCCUGAAGCGCCUUUCCCACUCCUCUCUGUGGCUCCAACCCACCUGGGAUUCCAGCCUCCUCCAGGAAGUCUUCUUGAAUGCCCUCCUGCCCAGCCAGUGAGCACCCUGUCCUCUUUCGGACCCCCACAAAUCCCUUCUACUGUGAACAGCCUUGACUCUGGGGUACAACCAGUCACUCAGGAAAUCUCAAUGACUAAGGUGGAGACUGGGGGACACCCACCCUCCCCCAGCUUUCAGCGUCACCCUGUGUCCCCCACCCUCACCCCCAAACACCUCCCCACAUUGCAGUCUGUGCCCACACCCUUGGAGGUGGCCUCCUUGUAAUGCCUCACCACCCUGUCCUCUGCAUGGGGUCUCCCAGUUGGGUCUGAAUUAUUCUGGUCCAGUAAGCAGGUAUCUGGGGGCCCCUGUGCCUGGCAGAGUGCUGAGGCAUGGGUGGUAAUCUUUUCUUUCCCACCCCACUCUUGUUUUUAUUGUGACAAUAAAACGUAUUUUUGUCUGGUCCCAAAUGCCACAGACAAGCCUGCAGCCCCCAGACUCCAUACCAUUGGUGACUUGAGUCGAUCUGUCAUGGCUGCAGCCACUCACCCUGCCUUUCAGCCUCUGAGCCUCAUGCAUCAUGGGUGGUAAUCUUGGGAGCGUGCCAGGCAGUGUAUUGUGGGCAUUCUGGGAAUGGGACAC